AUGACUCACCUCAGUUUGACGGGCUGUUUCAUCCUCUUUACGCUGUUGUGCAAACUUUUGGGCCUACUCUAUGAACACGAGUCCCUCCAAUACACCCUUGAGUUUCUCCUGUUCCUGGGCAUCGUGGACCCCUCGGCGGCUCUUCCACCAGAGAUCAUCCGGUCGGCAGCCGCCCCUCACGCAGAGAACCAGAGUUGGGCACCCAGGACAGGAGCAAAGGUCAUACACAAGCUAGCAGUCCAAACAAUAACAAGAUACAGGGAUGAGGGCAACAGAGAAACCCAGAAGAUCAGGCAGAGAAUCAGAAACCCAGAAGAUCAGGCAGAGAAUCAGAAACCCAGAAGAUCAGAAACACAGAAGAACAGAAGAAUCAGAAACCCAGAAGAUCAGGCAGAGAAUCAGAAACCCAAAAGAACAGGCAGAGAGUCAGAAACCCAGAAGAUCAGGCAGCGAAUCAGAAACCCAGAAGAUCAGGCAGCGAAUCAGAAAUCCAGAAGAUCAGGCAGCGAAUCAGAAAUCCAGAAGAUCAGGCAGAGAAUCAGAAACACAGAAGAACAGAAGAACAGGCAGAGAAUCAGAAACCCAGAAGAUCAGAAACACAGAAGAACAGAAGAAUCAGAAACCCAGAAGAUCAGGCAGAGAAUCAGAAACCCAGAAGAUCAGGCAGAGAAUCAGAAACCCAGAAGAUCAGGCAGCGAAUCAGAAACCCAGAAGAUCAGGCAGAGAAUCAGAAAUCCAGAAGAUCAGGCAGAGAAUCAGAAACACAGAAGAACAGGCAGAGAAUCAGAAACCCAGAAGAUCAGGCAGAGAAUCGGAAACCCAGAAGAUCAGGCAGAGAAUCAGAAACCCAAAAGAUCAGGCAGAGAAUCAGAAACCCGGAAGAACAGGCAGAGAAUCAGAAACCCGGAAGAUCAGGCAGAGAUUCAGAAACCCAGAAGAUCAGGCAGAGAUCAGAACGGAUCAGCAGAGAUCAGACAGAGAAGAACAGGCAGAGAAUCAGAAAUCCAGAAGAUCAGGCAGAGAAUCAGAAAUCCAGAAGAUCAGGUUAGCGAAUCAGAAACCCUGAAGAUCAGGCAGCGAAUCAGAAACCCAGAAGAUCAGGCAGCGAAUCAGAAACCCAGAAGAUCAGGCAGCGAAUCAGAAACCCAGAAGAUCAGGCAGAGAAUCAGAAACCCAGAAGAUCAGGCAGCGAAUCAGAAACCCAGAAGAUCAGGCAGCGAAUCAGAAACCCAGAAGAUCAGGCAGCGAAUCAGAAACCCAGAAGAUCAGGCAGCGAAUCAGAAACCCAGAAGAUCAGGCAGCGAAUCAGAAACCCAGAAGAUCAGGCAGCGAAUCAGAAACACAGAAGAACAGGCAGAGAAUCAGAAACCCAGAAGAUCAGGCAGAGAAUCAGAAACCCAGAAGAUCAGACAGAGAAUCAGAAACACGGACACAGGAGAACCAGGACACUAA